GGUCUAUCCAGGAAGCUUAUCCAACUGUUCGGGGAAACCACCGUAAACAAAGUGUCUAACCGAGUCCCUAGACGUGGACGCGUUUUCCAACAAGCUGUCAAAAUUAACACCGAUUCUCCAUGCUCGCCCUUGUAGCUGUCAUAUGAGCCUGUUGAGUCACAGUCGCCGCGUCAAAACCGGAAGAGGACAUUUGAGGCUUGACAGAUUUCCCCAGUCAAACAAUCUGCAGUCGGCGGUGCCGCUUUACCCAAAACAUGUCUGAGUUUCUUCUGCUGCUCCUCAUCGCCGUCCUGCUGCUAUGCUUGCUAGUUACCGUGGGGUCCUACCUGAUCUACUCGGGUCUCCUGGCGGACGUGGACGUGAAGACGGGACCACCUCCGAUUAAAAACGUCACCUUUGCUUAUAAAUUCAAAGAGGGAGCAUACAAAGACUGCGGGGCAGCCUUCACGGAGACCUGCAGCAUCGGACCCAAGCAGAAGACCAUCGGCAUCUUCUACGAUGACCCCGAGCAGAGGCCGGCAGAGAUGUGCCGCUACAUCAUAGGCAGCAUUCUGUCUGAAGGGGAAGAGAAGCCAGAUGAAGACCUGCAGAAGCUUUAUGAGAAGUUUGGCUUCAAGAUGUUUUCUGUGCCAGAAGUGAGCCAUGCCGUGACCACCAGGUUCCCCAGCACCACCUCGCUCUCUUACAUCCUGGCACCUUUCAGGGUCUACCCGAGGCUCAAGGCCUACAUUGAGGAGAGGAAGCUGUCGGCCUUCCCGUGCAUUGAAAUUUGUUGCUCGCUCGUCACCAAUUAUAUGAUGCCACUGUCCCGCCAGACGGAUUUCUUUGUUCCCGAGAUGAGGGAUGAGGCCAAAGCUGAUGUGAAAGAGGAAGACUCUGAUGAAGACAGAGGAACUGACAUUACAGGUGCUGACUCUCACAGCGACACCAGCUCAGGAAGCGGCGGCGUUCCCUGGGACAGCCGAGAGACGUCGCUGGCCGCGUCCACCGCCGCCUCCUUGGCCUCUUCUCUCCCGCUGAGGGACGUGGUGGACGCGCAAGGAGACGUCAAGCACAGAGACGGCAGCGAGCGAGGCUCGGACGGCUCACUGGCCAGCGGCUCGUCCUUCGAGGAGCUCGACAUGGAUCAGGAGGAGCAGGCGGUAAAGGAGGAGGAGGAGGAAGUGGAAGAGGAGGAGGCCCCUGCGGGUGGCGAUAAAAAAUCUGGUGAACCUUUACAGGAGGAGAAGGUGGAGAAGAAGGAGCCUUUAGGGGAUGACGGCAAGGAGUAACGAGAAGCGAUGUUGGCCACUUAACGGCGGCACACGAGAGAGCGUCUCGUUGUUGUUCUUGUUGCUGGUCACCAUGUUACCAUGUCGCUGGAUCUAAACCCAUUCACAGCAAUUUUUAGUUCAUUUUAUUAACUCUUAAUCAUGAAAACAAUACAUCUUCAUAUUUAAACCAUGCGGUCACAUGUGCCAUAUACCUGAAGGUCUCACUGGAGAAACACCUGUGGAAACUUAUUGUAUUCGAAAUGAUUUGUUUUCAAAGGCAGUGUUGACUUCUGAUUGGCUCCGUUAGGGAAGCAUCGAUUUGACAGUAUUUUCUUAUUGUGGUUUUGGUUAGCAGUAUGCGACAAAAAGACGAGGCACAGUCAAACCUCAGUUCAUGACCUUAAUUUGUUUUCGUCAACCGAGGUUUGAUUGUAUAAUGCUGUGUAAUUCUAUGUUAAUGCAAACCGAUUAGUUCCAUUUUUAUUCAAUGCAUUAAUGUCUGACAACUUGUGUAUUUGUACACAUUCGUUUAAAAUUUGACCUACGAGCAUUAUUGAAAAGGGGGGGGGUGGGGGGGAUACAGUGCCACCAGCUGGCAGUGGUGGAGUACUACUACCACCACAUGCCACGACUGUGAAGCAUCCCAGCAAACCACAAAAAUGAACAUUGAGGUAAAUUGACUCAGUCUAAAAUGAUCCCCAUUCAUUUUAUACAGGUAGAAUUUGUCUCAUUAGACUAAUGUAAAAAAAAAUCACCGCAUUCAAUUGUGCAGGUGUACCUAAUGAAGAGUCCGAUAAAAAGUAGCACAUUUGGUCAUCAGUAUUCAUUUGUUAAAACGAUCUCAUGGAAAUGAUGUACAGUAGCGUGUCCGCGCGCCUGUAAUAAUAAAGCAUCAAAAAUGCCUUAA